AUGCCGAGAGACUUGUCGCGAUCCCGAUCGCCUCCUUAUAGGCGUAGGCGUUCACCGUCUCCGGUGGGACACAGAUAUAGUAGGAGGAGCAGAAGAGAUAGAAGCCGAUCUCCGUAUUCGUCAUACUCACGUAGCAGGAGAAAAAGUCGUUCUAUUUCACCAAGAGGGCGCAGAAGUCCUUCUACAACUACAUGGCGUCGUAGAAGUCGAUCUCCUACGGCGAAACGAUAUAGAAGACAAAGAAGUAGGAGUACCUCAUUGUCUCCUGCUCAUAGAUCUUCCAGUUCAAGCCUUGGGUCAGUAGAGCAGAAAACUGCGAUUGAAAAACAAAGGAAAGAAGAAGAGAAGAAAAGGCGUCAACAGGAAGGAGAGUUAAAAAUAAUAGAGGAAGAGACUUCAAAGUGGAUUGAAGAAACUAUUCGUAAGAGAGUUGAUGAAAGCUUGAAUUCUGAGGAGGUUCGGGUGGAGAUUCAAAGACGGUUAGAAGAGGGAAGAAAGAAACUUAUUGACGAAGUUGCUGCGCAAUUUGAAAAAGAAAAAGAAGCGGCUCGUAUUGAGGCUAGACAGAAGGAGGAACAAGCCCGUAAAGAGAAAGAAGAGCAUGAAAGAAUGCUUGAGGAAAACAGGAGGAAGAUUGAAGAAUCUCAGAGGAAGGAAGCAUUAGAGCAACAAAGAAGGGAGGAGGAACGAUAUAGAGAGCUAGAAGAGCUUCAGAGACAGAAAGAAGAAGCCAUGAGAAGGAAGAAACAGGAGGAGGAACAAGAGCGGAUAAACCAAAUAAAGUUAUUGGGAAAAAACAAAUCACGUCCAAAAUUGUCAUUUGCUCUCGGAUCGAAAUGA